AGUUUUCUCCCUUCAAUAACUAAGCCGUUAGCAAAAAAGAGAACACAAUCCGCCGUUAGCAAACUUAUCGAACUUAUCGCCAAGUGUUUCUUCUGUCUUUCUCUCUUCUCCGUCCCAACAACCAGCUAUCCUUCCUCGCCUUCUCAACUGCAAAACCCUAACAAUGGCGUCUUCCUCUGUUCUUCCAAAUUCACCAAAAUCAGAACCCCUCUAGCUCAAUCCCAACCUCUGAACACACCUACACAAUUCAUAUCUAGAAACAAUGUCCUUUACUUCUCGGCAUCUUUUCACUAAUUCGCCUCCACGUUUGACCCUUUACUUCAAUGCGAUUCCUCCUAAGAACCCUACUCUCGUCUCUCUCCCAAUCGCCUCCUGUCACCUUACCAACGCCUCGCAUUUCCGUAUCUCGAAGAAGCUUUCGAACCCUUGCUGUCUUGAUUCUCUAAGGACUCAGCGAUUUCAACUUAAAGCAUUUGAAUCCGAUGGAGAUUUACGGGGCGAUGACGUUGAUAACGGCAUCGAUUUCGGCUACUUGCUCGCCGUCAUUGAAAGCCUGUGUAUUUUCUCAUCCGCAAUUCUUUCGAUUUCAUUCGUGGUCAAUUUCGCGGUUUCGAGCUCGAAAAAGGCAGUAAUGGAUGUAAUGGGGAGCAAACUCUUUGCUUCUGGGAUUGUGGUUCUGGUGGCCGCAGUCGGGAUUGGGGCUUGGAUUCGAAGGCGGCAGUGGCGGAGGUUCUGCGCCGGGUCGGUAAAAGGUACGCUGGAGGUCAAUUUGCUGGAGAGAAUUGAGAAAUUAGAGGAGGAUUUGCAGAAUUCCGCGACGAUGAUUCGGGUUAUGUCUAGGCAGCUGGAGAAAUUGGGUAUUCGGUUUCGGGUUACAAGAAAGACUCUGAAAGAUCCCAUUGCUGAGACUGCAGCUUUGGCCCAAAAAAAUUCAGAGGCGACUCAAGCAUUAGCAAUCCAAGAGGACAACCUGGAGAAGGAGCUUGGUGAGAUGCAAAAGGCAUUGCUGGCUAUGCAGGAGCAGCAGCGAAAACAACUUGAGUUAAUCCUAGCAAUUGCAAAGACUGGAAAAUUAUGGGAAACCAAACAAGAUCGUAAUAAAGAAAAAGAGAGAAUUGAAAUACAGGAUUCACGGGCAGAUGGUUUAAAACAGAAGGAAGCCUACCAAGUAUAAGCUUUGGAUAGGUAUUAUAAGGGUAUCGACUUAUAUAUAAUGAACAGUCCAGUUAGUGGAUGCAGCUUUCACUGAGGCAAUUAGACACUUCAAUGUCUAUGUUUUGGCGGCCUUGUAUUUUCAGUCAAAUGAAAAUUUAUAGUUAGAUUUAUAAUGUAUGUGUAUAUGUCAUUCGGGAGGUUAAAAGGGAGCCCAAAGAAAUGAGAAUAAGCUUUCCUGGUUGGACAUAAAAUUGUAUUUGUACCAAUUAAUGUACAAAUGGUUCUUUUUC